CUCCAGGCGCUGGCGCAGCGAUGGCGGAGGCGGUAGAGCGCACGGACGAGCUGGUCCGCGAGUAUCUGCUUUUCCGCGGCUUCACGCACACGUUGCGGCAGCUGGACGCCGAGAUCAAGGCGGACAAGGAGAAGGGCUUUCGGGUGGACAAGAUUGUGGACCAGUUGCAGCAGUUAAUGCAGGUGUACGACCUGGCUGCCCUGCGGGAUUACUGGAGCUACCUGGAGCGGCGGCUCUUCAGCCGCCUGGAGGACAUCUACAGACCCACCAUCAACAAGCUGAAGACCAGCCUGUUCCGCUUCUAUCUUGUCUACACCAUCCAGACGAACAGAAACGACAAGGCCCAGGAGUUCUUCGCGAAGCAGGCCACGGAACUCCAGAACCAGGCCGAGUGGAAGGAUUGGUUUGUCCUCCCCUUCCUGCCAUCCCCAGACACCAACCCCACCUUUGCCACCUACUUCUCUCGACAGUGGGCAGACACCUUCAUCGUGUCCCUGCACAACUUCCUCAGCGUCCUCUUUCAGUGUAUGCCAGUCCCUGUGAUCCUGAACUUUGACGCUGAGUGCCAGAGGACCAACCAGAUUCAAGAGGAAAAUGAAGUUCUGCGGCAGAAGCUUUUUGCGCUGCAAGCUGAAGUCCACCGGCUGAAGAAAGAGGAGCAUCAGCCGGAAGAGGAAGAGAUCUUGGUGCAGCACAAAUUGCCUCCUUACGUCUCCAAUAUGGACCGCCUGGGGGACUCUGAGCUAGCCAUGGUGUGCAGCCAGAGGAGCGCCUCCCUCUCCCAGUCACCACGGGUGGGCUUCCUGUCCUCGCUGCUGCCCCAGAGUAAGAAGAGCCCUUCCCGGCUGUCCCCGGCCCCAGGUCCCCCUCAGGCUCAGAGCUCGGCCAAGAAAGACUCCUUCAGCACUCAGUCCAUCAAGGGGAAGGACCCAGGCCCUGGAGCCAAGGAGGGGAAGAGCCUCCUGGGUGGGCUGGCCCCUGUGGAGUCAAGCUGGGCCCAGCACCGGCAGCGGCGCCUGCAGGACCACGGCAAGGAGAGGAAGGAGCUGUUUUCUACCACAUCUUCCCAGCCCCAGGCUGCAGAGAAGAAGCCAGAAGCUAGUGGCCCAGAGGCCGAGCCCUGCCCGGAGCCCCCCAUGGAGCCUGUGGGGCCACCGACACGGGUGUCCAUGGCUGGCACGGAGGGUGGAGGAGCCCGCCCCGAGCAGCCCUUCAUCGUGCUGGGGCAGGAGGAGUACGCUGAGCACCACUCGUCCAUCAUGCACUGCAGAGUGGACUGUUCAGGGAGGAGGGUCGCCAGCCUCGACGUGGAUGGUGUCAUCAAAGUGUGGUCCUUCAACCCCAUCAUGCAGACCAAAGCGUCCUCCAUUUCCAAGUCACCGCUGCUGUCGCUCGAGUGGGCCACCAAGCGGGACAGGCUGCUCUUGCUGGGCAGUGGCGUGGGCACCGUGCGUCUCUAUGACACAGAGGCCAAGAAGAACCUCUGUGAAAUCAACAUCAACGACGAUAUGCCCAGAAUCCUGUCUCUCGCGUGCAGCCCCAGCGGGGCAUCCUUCGUCUGUUCAGCUGCGGCUCCAAGCCUCACUGCCCAGGUGGACUCCUCGGCCAAGGGCAUGAACCAGGUUCCAGGCAGACUGCUGCUGUGGGACACGAAGACCAUGAAGCAGCAGCUCCAGUUCUCCCUUGACCCAGAGCCCAUUGCCAUCAAUUGCACAGCCUUCAACCACAAUGGGAACCUGCUGGUCACGGGAGCGGCCGAUGGCGUCAUCCGGUUGUUUGACAUGCAGCAGCAUGAGUGUGCCAUGAGCUGGCAGGCCCACUGCGGGGAGGUGUACUCUGUGGAGUUCAGCUACGACGAGAACACCGUGUACAGCAUUGGCGAGGAUGGCAAGUUCAUCCAGUGGAACAUCCACAAGAGCGGCCUCAAGGUGUCUGAGUACGGCCUCCCCUCCGACGCCACAGGCCCCUUUGUCCUGUCCGGUUACAGCGGCUACAAGCAGGUGCAAGUGCCGCGGGGCCGGCUCUUCGCAUUUGACUCCGAGGGCAACUACAUGCUGACGUGUUCUUCCACGGGGGGCGUCAUCUACAAGGUAGGUGGCGAUGAGAAGGUUCUGGAGAGCUGCCUGAGCCUGGGCGGCCACCGGGCCCCCGUGGUCACCGUGGACUGGAGCACAGCCCUGGACUGCGGCACUUGCCUCACAGCCUCCAUGGAUGGCAAGAUUAAGCUGACCACACUGCUGGCUCACAAGCUCUGAUGG